AUGCCGGCUCAGCCCGCGCCGGCACACGAGUCGGCCUACGAAUUUUGUCUUCGCUCAGCCAGCUCUGCGCCAAAUUGCACCGAGCCUCAGCCCCUUCCCUACGCCGCUGAGGGACAAUCAGCCACAAUGGAUAUCGAGGUUCUAUCCGCAGAGCCCAGAGGACAGCAGACGAACAAGAUGGAAUUUGCCUUCAGCAUUCAACACGGCCCGGCCGCUGAUCGUUGCAACGGCAUCAGCACCCAUUCUGUGACGCUGUUCGCCAAUGUUUCAACCCGAUCGCCCCGACACGCCGCAGAAACGCUCCCCUCUCUCUGA